CUCAGAAACAGUAUCAUACCACAUCUAUCAUGAAGGUCAUUGCCAUUCUCUCUGCUCUCGCCACUGUCGCUUUCGCCAAGUCUGGUAAUAACGUCGUCUCCACUGAUGUUGCCCGCGAUACGACUCUCGCCUACAACGGCUUCCAGAACGCCGACGGAACCUUUGAUGCCCUGGUGCCUAAGGGGCUCAAAGACACUCUGGUGACAUUCAAGGGAAACAGAGACUACGAGCGAAUCCUGCUCGGCUUUGAUAUGCCCAGCAAGGUCAAGGACCCGUCCCAAAUCACCAAGUGCGUUCUGCAUGUCCCAACUCCCAAGGAUGCGCCCAGUGGCUCCUACAGUCUCACUGCAUUCUCAGCCAGCAGCAACUGGGACGAGGCCACAGCCAACGCCCAGACCCAAAUAACUAGCGUUAGACAGGUUGGCAGUGUGUCUGUUUCUGACAAGGACGAGAAGCCGGGCGAUAUUGACAUUACUGGUGCUUGCCAAGCGGCUGCUGAGGGCAAGUUCAGCAUUUUCCUUGACACCAGCGGACCGGCUGUUACGUUCUACUCGCACCAGGCCAACAAGGAUAAGUUCAGUGUCGAUAUCACCUACUAAAGAUGUAUAAGAACGAUAGCAUGUUCUUCUAAAUAAGCUCAAUACAAGAAUACCCAUGUUUAACCUUCAUAAGAGUUUGACUUGUGUUUAG